AUGACAUCAAGACAACAUGAAGAACACAUAAAUGAAAACAAAAAAGGAAGUAAAAGUGGAGAGGAAUGUUCAGAAAAUGACAACCGCACCCUCGGCUUCCCCACGGCUCUCCUGCGCCCUCCGCUGGCCGCCCUGGUGCUGCUCACCUGCCGCCCUGGGGGCGCCCGGGGCUGUGCCCUGCCUCGGAACCAGGCGCAGCUGAGCAGGGACAACUUGGUGCUCCUGGGCCAGAUGCGGAGACUGUCCCCUUUCUUCUGCCUGCGGGACAGAAGGGACUUCGGGUUCCCCCGGAACCUGCUGGAGGGCGGCCGGCUGCAGCAGGCGCAGGCCGCCGCCGUCCUCCAGCAGCUGCUGCAGCAGAUCUUCAACCUGCUGCUGGCGGAGCGCGCCCCGGCCCCCUGGAGCCCCGCCCUGCUGGCCGGACUGGGCGCCGGCCUCCACCUGUACUUCCAGGACAUCCGUCUGUACCUGCAAGAGAAGGGACACAGCGACUGCGCCUGGGAAAUUGUCAGACUGGAAAUCAUGAGAUCCUUGUCCUCCACCGUGACCUUGCAAGAUAGGAUAGGAAUUAAGGAUGGAGACCUGGGGUCACCUUGA